UAUAGCUACAACUGCAGCUCUACUGGUUAAACUGAUUUGUAUCCAAAAGUGAAAUUUAAAAUGUUUACAAGCAUUUAAAAUUAUAAAUUGCAGCUGCAAUCGAUACUAGCAUUUACUAAACAAAGUUAGUUAAUGUUAUUAAACGUCUACGAUUGGCCAAUAAAAGGAAAAUCCAAUUUGUCUGUGUGUCCGCGUGUGUGUAUAUGUAUUGGAAUUUGUGACCAAAAAAGCCGACAUUAGCCAACAGCAGCAGCAGCAAAAAAGAAGAAAAACACAGUUGCGCCCAUUUGUGUGUUGUUGUUGUUGUUGUUGAUUCAUUAAAUACGCUGCAGUCGCCCCCGCUCCCGCCUACCCACUCACUUGCUUAUUUGCUGCUAUCGGCUCUCUUUAUCUCUUUCUCUCUCUCACACCUCUCCACUUGGAGAAGAAACACAGUUACCGCUGUCGUCGUCGCAGUCGUUGUAGAAGCCCGGGAGCGGCUAAAGAAGGCAACGUCAUAAAAAAUCAAAGAAAGAGCAAAUAAAUUUGUCAUCAAUAAGCGAAACUUUUAUAAAAUCAAAUAUUCACUAUGAUCUUGCUGGAAAUCAAUAAUCGCAUCAUCGAGGAGACCCUUUUGCUUAAAUAUCGCAAUGCCCAGGCCGGACUUAAAACAGAAUCGAUCGAUAUACGAAUAGCAGACUUUGAUGGUGUUCUUUAUCACAUUUCCAAUGUGAACGGCGAUAAAACGAAAGUUCGGAUCAGCAUAUCAUUAAAGUUUUAUAAGCAACUGCAAGAACAUGGUGCCGAUGAACUGCUUAAACGUGAAUACGGAAGUCUGUUGACAGACACAGAAGAAGGAUAUAAUGUUUCUGUACUUAUUAAUCUGGAAGAUAUACCAUCUGAUUAUGAGCAAAUUGUUAAAAAGAUUGGCUUAUUAAAACGUAAUUGUUUUGCCUCAGUAUUUGAGAAAUAUUUCGACUUCCAAGAGCAAGGCGAAGAGGGUCAAAAGAGAGCCGUUAUCAAUUAUCGCAAUGAUGAAACACUUUAUGUCGAGGCCAAGCCCGAUCGUGUCACUGUUGUCUUUAGUACCAUUUUUCGGGACGAGGAUGAUGUCAUCAUUGGCAAAGUAUUUAUGCAGGAAUUGAGAGAGGGACGCCGUGCCUCGCAUACAGCGCCACAAGUGCUCUUCUCGCAUCGCGAACCGCCACUGGAAUUGGCCAAUACGGAUGCCAGAGUGGGCGAUAAUAUUGGUUAUGUUACUUUUGUGCUCUUCCCACGACAUACCAAUAAAGAAACCAGGGAUAAUACCAUCAAUUUAAUACAAAUGUUCCGAGAUUAUUUGCAUUACCACAUCAAGUGUUCAAAGGCCUAUAUUCAUUCGCGUAUGCGUGCAAAAACCUCAGAUUUUCUUAAGGUGCUAAAUCGUGCAAGGCCCGAACCCAAAAACACGGAGAAGAAAACUAUAACGGGGAGAACAUUUAUACGCAAAGAAUGAUAAAAUGUUGUCGUUCAGUAAGUUUAGUUGUUUUUAUAUAUAAAAGAUAUAAAAAUAUUGAAAUUUGUGUAAACUGAAAAGCAGAAUUUUUGGCAAAAAGAAACAUAACAAAGUAUUCCAAAACAAUAUAAAAAAAAAAAUGAAACGUUAAGUCUAAAAAUGUAAGCUCAGUAAAAUCAUACAAAAUGAACAAAGAAUUAAUACAUAGUUAAACAAAUGAA